AUGCUCAGAACGAGCGCUUCUAGCCUCAAAACUAUCACCCCGCCCCAUUCUCCCGCUUUCCAUCACCCCGCCCCAUUCUCCCUCUUUCCAUCACCCCGCCCCAUUCUCCCGCUUUCCAUCACCCCGCCCCAUUCUCCCGCUUUCCAUCACCCCGCCCCAUUCUCCCGCUUUCCAUCACCCCGCCCCAUUCUCCCGCUUUCCAUCACCCCGCCCCAUUCUCCCGCUUUCCAUCACCCCGCCUUGUUCUCCCGCUUUCCAUCACCCCGCCCCGUUCUCCCGCUUUCCAUCACCCCGCCCCAUUCUCCCGCUUUCCAUCACCCCGCCCCAUUCUCCCGCUUUCCAUCACCCUGCCCCAUUCUCCCGCUUUCCAUCACCCCGCCCCAUUCUCCCACUUUCCAUCACCCCGCCCCGUUCUCCCGCUUUCCAUCACCCCGCCCCGUUCUCCCGCUUUCCAUCACCCCGCCCCGUUCUCCCGCUUUCCAUCACCCCGCCCCGUUCUCCCGCUUUCCAUCACCCCGCUCCAUUCUCCCGCUUUCCAUCACCCCUCCCCAUUCUCCCGCUUUCCAUCACCCCGCCCCAUUCUCCCGCUUUCCAUCACCCCGCCCCAUUCUCCCGCUUUCCACCACCCCGCCCCAUUCUCCCGCUUUCCAUCACCCCGCCCCAUUCUCCCGCUUUCCAUCACCCCGCCCCAUUCUCCCGCUUUCCAUCACCUCGCCCCAUUCUCCUACUUUCCAUCACCUCGCCCCAUCUCCCUCUUUCCAUCACCCCGCCCCAUUCUCCCGCUUUCCAUCACCCCGCCCCAUUCUCCCGCUUUCCAUCACCCCGCCCCAUUCUCUCGCUUUCCAUCACCCCGCCCCAUUCUCCCGCUUUCCAUCACCCGCCCCAUUCUCCCGCUUUCCGUCACCCCGCCCCAUUCUCCCGCUUUCCGUCACCCCGCCCCAUUCUCCCGCUUUCCGUCACCCCGCCCCAUUCUCCCGCUUUCCGUCACCCCGCCCCAUUCUCCCGCUUUCCGUCACCCCGCCCCAUUCUCCCGCUUUCCGUCACCCCGCCCCAUUCUCCCGCUUUCCGUCACCCCGCCCCAUUCUCCCGCUUUCCGUCACCCCGCCCCAUUCUCCCGCUUUCCGUCACCCCGCCCCAUUCUCCCGCUUUCCGUCACCCCGCCCCAUUCUCCCGCUUUCCGUCACCCCGCCCCAUUCUCCCGCUUUCCGUCACCCCGCCCCAUUCUCCCGCUUUCCGUCACCCCGCCCCAUUCUCCCGCUUUCCAUCACCCCGCCCCAUUCUCCCGCUUUCCAUCACCCCGCCCCAUUCUCCCGCUUUCCAUCACCCCGCCCCAUUCUCCCGCUUUCUAUCACCCCGCCCCAUUCUCCCGCUUUCCAUCACCCCGCUCCAUUCUCCCGCUUUCCAUCACCCCGCUCCAUUCUCCCGCUUUCCAUCACCCCGCCCCAUUCUCCCGCUUUCCAUCACCCCGCCCCAUUCUCCCUCUUUCCAUCACCCCGCCCCAUUCUCCCUCUUUCCAUCACCCCGCCCCAUUCUUCCGCUUUCCAUCACCCCGCCUCAUUCUCCCGCUUUCCAUCACCCCGCCCCAUUCUCCCUCUUUCCAUCACCCCGCCCCAUUCUCCCUCUUUCCAUCACCCCGCCCCAUUCUCCCGCUUUCCAUCACCCCGCCCCAUUCUCCCGCUUUCCAUCACCCCGACCCAUUCUCCCGCUUUCCAUCACCCCGCCCCAUUCUCCCGCUUUCCAUCACCCCGCCCCAUUCUCCCGCUUUCCAUCACCGCCCCACUCUCCCGCUUUCCAUCACCCGCCCCAUUCUCCCGCUUUCCAUCGCCCCGCCCCAUUCUCCCGCUUUCCAUCGCCCCGCCCCAUUCUCCCGCUUUCCAUCGCCCCGCCCCAUUCUCCCGCUUUCCAUCACCCCGCCCCAUUCUCCCUCUUUCCAUCGCCCCGCCCCAUUCUCCCUUUUUCCAUCGCCCCGCCCCACUCUCCCGUUUUCCAUCGCCUCGCCCCAUUCUCCCGCCUUCCAUCACCCCGCCCCAUUCUCCCGCCUUCCAUCACCCCGCCCCAUUCUCCCGCUUUCCAUCACCCCGCCCCAUUCUCCCGCUUUCCAUCACCCCGCCCCAUUCUCCCGCUUUCCAUCACCCCGCCCCAUUCUCCCGCUUUCCAUCACCCCGCCCCAUUCUCCCGCUUUCCAUCACCCCGCCCCAUUCUCCCGCUUUCCAUCACCCCGCCCCAUUCUUCCGCUUUCCAUCACCCCGCCCCAUUUUCCCGCUUCUACACCCCGCCCCAUUCUCCCGCUUUCCAUCACCCGCCCCAUUCUCCCGCUUUCCAUCACCCCGCCCCAUUCUCCCGCUUUCCGUCGCACCACCCCACUCUCUCUGCUUCCAUCACCCCGCCCCACUCUCCCGCUUUCCGUCGCACCGCCCCACUCUCCAGCUUUCCAUCACCGCCCCACUCUCCCGCUUUCCAUCGCCCCGCCCCAUUCUCCCUUUUUCCAUCCCCCCGCCCCACUCUCCCGCUUUCCGUCGCACCCCCCCCACUCUCCCGCUUUCCAUCGCCAUGCCCCAGUCUCCCGCUUUCCAUCGCCCCGCCCCAUUCUCCCUUUUUCAUCGCCCCGCCCCAUUCUCCCUUUUUUCCAUCGCCCCGCCCCACUCUCCCGCUUUCCAUCGCCCCGCCCCAUUCUCCCCGCUUUUUUCCAUCACGCGCCCCAUUCUCCCGCUUUCCAUCGCCCCGCCCCAUUCUCCCGCUUUCCAUCACCCCGCCCCAUUCUCCCGCUUUCCAACAUUCCCCCCCCCCCCCCCCCACCCCGCCCCAUUCUCCGCUUUCCAUCACCCGCCCCAUUCUCCCGCUUUCCAUCACCCCGCCCCAUUCUCCCGCUUUCCAUCACCCGCCCCAUUCUCCCGCUUUCCAUCACCCCGCCCCAUUCUCCCGCUUUCCAUCACCCCGCCCCAUUCUCCCGCUUUCCAUCACCCCGCCCCAUUCUCCCGCUUUCCAUCACCGCCCCCAUUCUCCCGCUUUCCGUCACCCCGCCCCAUUCUCCCGCUUUCCGUCACCCCGCCCCAUUCUCCCGCUUUCCGUCACCCCGCCCCAUUCUCCCGCUUUCCGUCACCCCGCCCCAUUCUCCCGCUUUCCGUCACCCCGCCCCAUUCUCCCACUUCCGUCACCCCGCCCCAUUCUCCCUCUUCCGUCACCCCGCCCCAUUCUCCCUCUUUCUAUCACCCCGCCCCAUUCUCCCUCUUUCCAUCACCCCGCCCUAUUCUCCCGCUUUCCAUCACCCCGCCUCAUUCUCCCGCUUUCCAUCACCCCGCCCCAUUCUCCCGCUUUCCGUCACCCCGCCCCAUUCUCCCGCUUUCCGUCACCCCGCCCCAUUCUCCCGCCUCCCCGCCCCAUUCUCCCGCUCUCCAUCACCCCGCCCCAUUCUCCCGCUCUCCAUCACCCCGCCCCAUUCUCCCGCUCUCCAUCACCCCGCCCCAUUCUCCCGCUUUCUAUCACCCCGCCCCAUUCUCCCUCUUUCCAUCACCCGCCCCGUUCUCCCGCUUCCAUCACCCCGCCCCAUCUCUCCGCUUUCCAUCACCCCGCCCCGUUCUCCCGCUUUCCAUCACCCCGCCCCCUUCUCCCGUUCUCCGCUUUCCAUCACCCCGCCCCGUUCUCCCUCUUUCCAUCACCCCGCCCCGUUCUCCCGCUUUCCAUCACCCCGCCCCGUUCUCCCGCUUUCCAUCACCCCGCCCCGUUCUCCCGGUUUCAUCACCCCGCCCCGUUCCCGUUCUCCCGCUUUCCAUCACCCCGCCCCGUUCUUCUGUUUCCAUCACCCGCCCCGUUCUCCCGCUUCCAUCACCCCGCCCCGUUCUCCCGCUUUCCAUCACCCCGCCCGGUUCUCCCGCUUUCCAUCACCCCGCCCCGUUCUCCCGCUUUCCAUCACCCCGCCCGGUUCUCCCGCUUUCCAUCACCCCGCCCCGUUCUCCCGCUUUCCAUCACCCCGCCCUUGUUCUCCCGCUUUCCAUCACCCCGCCCCGUUCUCCCGCUUUCCAUCACCCCGCCCCGUUCUCCCUCUUUCCAUCACCCCGCCCCGUUCUCCCGCUUUCCAUCACCCCGCCCCGUUCUCCCGCUUUCCAUCACCCCGCCCCGUUCUCCGGUCCAUCACCCGCCCGCGGUUCUCCCGCGCAUUCCAUCACCCCGCCCCCCGUUCCCGGAUCACCCCGCCCGGCGUUCCCGUCCCCCCCGUUCCCCCGCUUUCCUCCCCCCCGCCCCGCCUUCACCCCGCUUUUUCUCCCGCUUUCCAUCACCCCGCCACCAUUCUCCCGCUUUCCUUCACCCCGCCCCGUUUCCCGCUUUCCAUCACCCCGCCCCGUUCUCCCGCUUUCCAUCACCCCGCCCCGUUCUCCCGCUUUCCAUCACCCCGCCCCGUUCUCCCGCUUUCCAUCACCCCGCCCCGUUCUCCCUCUUUCCAUCACCCCGCCCCGUUCUCCCGCUUUCCAUCACCCCGCCCCAUUCUCCCGCUUUCCAUCACCCCGCCCCAUUCUCCCGCUUUCCAUCACCUCCCGCUUUCCAUCACCCCGCCCCAUUCUCCCGCUUUCCAUCACCCCGCCCCAUUCUCCCGCUUUCCAUCACCCCGCCCCAUUCUCCCGCUUUCCAUCACCCCGCCCCAUUCUCCCGCUUUCCAUCACCCCGCCCCAUUCUCCCGCUUUCCAUCACCCCGCCCUAUUCUCCCGCUUUCCAUCACCAACUUAG